AUGGCUGGUUUCGACAGAGAAGCUGAAUGUCCUAUGAGAUACAGACAAGAUGAAAAAGGCAAUGGAAAACCAAAAUUGUCGAUGAGACGAAUUUCCAACGAAGAAGGAGGAGAGCCCGACCAAUGCUGCGGCCUACCCGGAAAAAGACGACCAUUCGUCUCCGGACCUUCGAAACAAUGCUGCUCGGUGAAAACGUACAACCCAUUCAUGAUCGACUGUUGCGCCGAUGGAAGUCUCAGCGCCCUUGGCCAGUGCUGA